UUGUUUGCACUCUCAUGAGUGCAUCUGCCGGUGGCUUGACUGGAAUGUUCUUGUUUCGCAUGGGACUCUUUGUGAACCGCAAUAUUGAAGAGAAGGCUUGGAGCUUGCUGGUGACGAUCAAUUCGGCUUUCAUUGCCAUGGUUGCGAGUUGUGGUGGAUGCGAUUCUAUUACACCGUGGGGAGCCAUUUUGGUGGGCGUCGUGGCCGCUGUGAUCUUCCUCGGAAUCCGUCGACUGACAACGAAAUUCGACCUUUUGGAUGACCCACUGGACUGCGUGGCGGUGCAUUUUGGCGGAGGUUGGUGGGGGUUGAUCAGCGCCGGGUUGCUUUCGGAGCGAGGUCUCGUUUCCGGAGAUUCAUCGAUGCUCAAAUGGAACUUUGGAGCUGGACUGUGCAUCACCCUCUGGAGUUUCGCGACGAGCGGUUUACUUUUCUUCAUCCUCCGUUUGUUCGGAGUUCUUCGAGUGACACUUGACAAUGAAUACAAGGGAGCGGAUAUCGUCAAGCACAAAGAACCGGCUUAUACACCAUUCGCUUACGGCAGUGGACCCUACGAAGAUCAAGCAAGACCACUCCCCACGGAGCAAAAAGUCUCGAGGGCCGAUGACCUGAAAGGCAAGUGGCAAAAUUCGGACGCGAGCGAAAAUAACCGCGUAUUAGCACGCUCACGUUACCCCAUGCAUCUCAUCAACAACUCAGACGGGAUCGAGCCUAUCAAUCGCAGUCCCACAAGCAGGAAAGAAAGUGCGUCGAACCCCUACGCAGCCGCGCGCUUAGAAGACGACAUGCUUAAAUUCUUCGAAGAUAAACUCAAGAAGCACCAUUGCUGCCAAACAGAUGCGUGCAAUUGCCACUCGGAAUACAAGGAACUCAACGACGACUUACGAAAUUGAAUCCCCCAGGAUGAAUCAGAAUCCGGGUCUUCUUAUCAAGACAACUUUCGCGAACCCAGGACAGACAACUGACUUCUACCCACACUGUGCGGUGGGAAAAUUGGACGGACGAACGUGAGGAUGUCCUCGAAAUCCAUCCAUUUCAGAUCAGGGAUGGGAGGAGAUUUUCAUGAUGAAAUCAAGAACAACAUUUUCACGAGAAAAUUUCUGGAUCGACAUCCUUAAUGCUUCUCCAAUAUUGAAUUUUGUACCAUGAAAUUUCUGAAUUUUCCUACACUGUGUAUAUAUCUUUAGACAGGCGACCGAUCAAAUGUUUUCUAUGAUGGAGAUGCUUGUGCAAAUGAAGGAAAUACAUUUGAACGAA